CUCAGCAGCUCUAAUCCCUCUCUGUUGCAGAUACCUCCCGCUGUGCGAUCAUCUCCCUCUCCACCUUCCAGGACCCAUAACUCUCCCAGCAGCUCUAAUCCCUCUGUGUCGCAGUUAUCUCCCGAUGUUCAAUCCUCUCUCCCUCCGUCUCCAGGGACCCAUAUCUCUCCCAGCGGCUCUGAUCUCUCUGUUAGUGCUUCCUCACAGUCUCUGACUUCUCCUGAGAAUUCUGUAUCCCCUACAGCAUUCUCACCACCCGCCCACCAUACUAGGUCUCGGUCGCUGUGUCCUUCCAGCAGGUCGCAUGAUUGUUCCAGCUUGCGCGGGGAACAGUCGCCAUGUUGCAACCCUCUGCCACGUGGCAUGGCGCCGCCAUGUUCCGGAGGGCCACAUGGCGACAGGGCGCCGCCAUGUUUCGGGCCACGUGACAGGGCGCCGCCAUGUUCCCAGGCACCGCCAUGUUUUGGGUCACGUGACAGGGCGCCGCCAUGUUCCCAGGACCCUCACUGUCAACAGGCGUCUCCUUGUGGCUCCUCUUGUGAACUACAACAGCCGCCCUGUUGCAGUGCACAUGACGCUUCAUUGUGCUGCCGACAGCAGUCCUCUAGCUGCGAGGCACACAGUGAGACGCCAUCUGCUCGUGUUUCCCAGGGUGACCGGCAGCAGCUCUGUAGUCACUCUACAGAUGAUUGCUCACACGCGCCUACCGGAAGGAUGGCUGCUCAGUGGCCCUCUGCUCCGGAAUCUCCUCAGGCUCUGCUACCGCUUCGGGAGCAAGCUGGCCCCAAGGAGCUUGUUAACAUCCAUGUGCCUUUUUCCCUUUCUGAUCUAUCCCAGACUGCCCAUAAAUUAGGUAGCUUUUCUGUUGACCCACAGAAUUAUAUCAGGCAAUUUAAAUUCAUUACUAAUUGUUAUGAUUUACGUUUUAAGGAUGUUUAUGUGAUUCUAGAUACCUCUCUCAUCUCACAAGAAUGGAAUCAGCUGUGGCAAGCAGUUCGAGAAAAAGCUGAUCACAGACCUGAGUUCUCAAACCAUUUAAUCAAGGUUAUUGGCCACCUGAUAAUUUUACCAGCCUUGUUUAUCAAUCAAAGCCUUCACCAAUCUCCUGUUUAACAACUAAGGUUAUAAAUUCCUUUUUGCUGGGAACCACUAGCUCUAUUUCAAGACAAGGGUUUUCUUCAAAGUUUUAUUUUAUUUGUCUUGGUUCAUACUACUGCAAAUAACAACUUUAAAAGUAAAUGUGUUCAGAAUUUGACAGUAUUAGAUCAGUUUUGAUUGAUUUAUUCAUAAGAUUGCUAAACCUUUACUGCAAAAUGUUUCCAUUAAAGCCUUGUUUGGCAGACUAAAGCUUUGUUAAUUCUACGUGUCACCCUAUAAAAAGCAAUGUGCCAUCCAGAUAAAGCCUGCUCUUUAAUCCAAAAUGCCAAUAUUAAAUUCCUGCAUACUUACUUAAUUGUACUGUAGUCCAAAUCCCAAACAAAAAGGCAAAACUUGACCUUCAAA